UUAAAUCUAGAGUAACGGAAUAAACUUAGACUUAAAAUAUAUUCGUGCCAAUAACGAGCUAAACACCAAAUGAUCUAUCUAUUAGAGUCGUUUAUGGUUUACGGUUGGAUUAAGACUUUUGUGAUUAACAAAAACAAUAACCUCCAUAUUAUGAACCAAAAAAGAAUGUUGAGUUUACACAAAUAUGGAUUUAUAAUCGGACAAUGAAAUCAUUAUUAGAACAAAGGAAAGAGCUGAAACUUUCUUCAAGCUUGAAAUAUGAUACCAAAGUAUUGAAAUGGCCUUUGGAGUCUAUUGUUUUAGUGCACAAUCUAUUUGAACAGAAUUGACUUUUAUACUUAAAUCAAAAUUGUUUAUUCAUGUUCAUUACUUUUAUUUUUAACAUUUGCAAAUACAAAAGUGGAUAAAUCGAAGCUCUUCUUCAAGAUAGUGUACCGUAGAGAGUUCAAACGUGUCUUUGGUUGGAUUAUUUAUUCGAUUUUAACGUUUUAGCUUCAUCUAUGUCCGUGACAGGAAGAUCACUUGAUUUGUCAACAAAACCGUCGUCUUGGGAGGUCCUUGAAACCCCUGCACCAUUGAGGGCAAACAAUAGUGGAACUGAAUCGGACGCGACUCAUGUUCAUUCUGAAAGCGAACACAUUUCGUCUGAUGGCAAAAUCGUGAACAUUGGGAAAGAAAAAGAAUCGGAAUCUGUUCAAGAAACAGUUUCCCAGCUGCUUGCAGACAUAAGUGGAAAUGAUGACGAUUGCGGGAAUGACAAAAGCAAGCAUUUUAAUACCGAUUGUAAGGAAACAGCCCAAAGCGCCACUGGUACUGUUGAGAAGAUACGUCUGCAUAAUCUUCAAGAAUCUGUAAGCCAAAAUAUUAUAGACACGGAUAUUUUAAUAACAAAUAGAAAACACAGCCAUACAGAAGUUCCAACAUCAGUGGAAAUUACUCUAAAUACAGAAGGUCUAGAAGACAAUUUGGAGGGAGAGGAAAUACCUGAUAAUCUGAGAUCCCACCGCGAAGAUACGUCUGAAACAAAUAAAACUUCUAACAGUAUAGCAUACUACGUUGCAUCACAGCCACAACUGCAACAUGAAUUCAGUUUAGUUGCACAUGAGUUUGAACAGUAUGCAAGAAAGUCAAGAGCUGGGUCACAUUGUCAAAAAAAGGAACGUGAGUACGAGGGUGUGAAGUCCCCUCAUUUUGAGGAAAACCCGCCUGCUGAACCGUCUCCAGAAAUCAAAGAAACUCCUCCCCCUGCUUAUGAGGAAACGGAACGCCUUGAUACUGAUCAGCGGGCGAAAGCAUCCUUAAAUAUGUCAGACGGUACUCGCAGAUUUGAUUCUUCCAACAGCGACCAUGACAUUCCAGAAAAUUAUUCAGCUCAAGAAUACCAUUCACAUAAUGGUCAGAAAAUUAAUGUGCCUCAGACAAGUACUAAUAACAAGCAACGAACGAAAGGAAAAACAGUGACGAUUAAACCAUCCAACCAACCAAUUCGUCCUAAAACUGAUUCAAAGAUGUAUGCAACGUCAAAGAGCAAGCCAGAACCAAUAUAUAAACGGGAUGUUCAAUCGAGGCCCGAAAUAAGUUAUCUUCCGGAUAUAAAUACUCGACCGGUACCAGUCGGUGGAGAUAGAUCGGACCUCGAGCAAAUUAGAUCACAAAGUGGGAGAAACGAUAGUUAUCGGGAGAGCGAAAUCGGAACUUAUUCAAGGACAAAUGGACAUCCUCAACAACCAAGAGUGGUCGAAAAUGAGUUAUCUGUGGCAAAUAUUCUUCACAUUCUGUCUAAAGAAUUAGGUAAGUUUACUACCGGCAUGGCCGAGAUUCUUUUAGAAAAACUAAAGAUUGAGCAUGAAUCAUUAGCAGAUCAAGUUGGAAAUAGGGUGAAAAAUGAAGCUAUCGGGGAGUUAACGGAAUUAAGGGAACAAAUCAAGAAUUUAAACGAAGAAAACGCAACAUUAAAACAGGAAGUUGUGACUUUGAAAUUAGACUCCAUAAAAGAAAAGGAGCAAAUCAAAAGAGACUUCGAAAAGGACCGUUUAAAACGUUUAAGAGAUUUCGAGGAAAGGAAUGAACGUAUUGAUAUUCUAGAAAAAGAGAAUGCGUCUUUACAAGAGCAGUUAAAAGAAAAAGUAAGGCUCACAAAAAUUGCUGGGAAGAAAGCAAGACUGCUUGAGGAAAAAAAGAAUAAGGCCGAAGAAGAGCAUGAAGUGAAGAUGAAAGAGUUUCAAAAGGAACUUAACAGGGCGAAAGGAGAGUUGCUAGUGUUUCGUUCCAAGCGGCGUGUAAAGUCGAGUUCUACUGAAAAUGAACGUCAAAAGACAAGACUGAUAUCGCAUCACGGUGGUUCGGCUGGUGCCAGACCACAUAUUAGAACACCAAAGAAUAUACCACUUAUUGAAGGGGAUCCGUAACUAUAUUACCUUAUAUGCAUGGGAUGAUUAAAUCUUUAUUCGUAUUACAAAAAAUUACAACCAUGUCAAACGAUAUUCUGUUGUAUGUCAGUUUAAGAAAUAAAACAUUACAGUGUA